AUGACUUGUAUCACUCACAUCUUGUGCCUGUUUUUAAUGCUGCUUAAUGUCUCUGCAAAUCUUCGCAUUCGGCGACAGGAUCGCUCCCAUCAGUUGCUGGCGGAUAUAGGAGUACGUCCUCAGUCCUGGAAUCCCCGGGCCCUGGAGAAUGGCAUUCAGCAAUAUACUUUUAUUGAUCGUAAUCUGCGACAUCUUUUCCUGGGCACCCGACAGCUCACUCUGGGCUGGGCCCUGAACCACAUUGAGGCACUGAGCAGCCGUGGAAGGCGUGAGGGAAAGAUUCAGAAAAGGAUACCCAAGAAGGUGCCAUUUCCCUGUCCCACAAACAACACACGUUCUGUAAAUCCACCCACCUCGAUAGAGCAACUACGUCCUGGAGAUAUAGACAUUAUAGCUGCUUUUGGGGAUUCCCUGUCAGCGGGCAAUGGUAUCCUUUCCAACAAUGCCAUCGAUAUGAUCAAUGAAUUUCGUGGUUUAACCUUCUCUGGCGGCGGGAUGGCAGACUGGAGACGCUUCUUGACGCUGCCCAACAUCCUGAAGGUCUUCAAUCCGAAGCUAUAUGGCUUCUCGGUGAGCAACAGUUUGGUGGCCAAUUAUCGCCAUUCCCGGCUGAAUAUUGCCGAGCCAAUGGUCAUGUCCCGUGACCUGCCCUUCCAGGCUCGAGUCUUUAUUGAUCGAUUGCGUCGGGAUCCCAAUGUGGACAUGAAACGUCACUGGAAACUGCUGACUGUGUAUGUGGGCAACAAUGAUAUCUGCUCGGAUCUGUGUCACUGGGACAAGCCGGAGUCGUUCUUGGAGCAGCAUGCCGCCGAUAUGCGUCAGGCCUUUCGAUUGCUGAGAGAUCAUGUGCCUCGUCUGCUGAUCAACUUGAUUGUGGUACCCAAGAUUCAGGAUGUGCUGUCCAGCAUGACCCAGUUGCCGUUGCAGUGUUUUGUGGUGCAUCGCAUUGGAUGUCACUGCCUGGUGGAUGAUCGUUUGAGCUCCAGCCAGUUGAAAGAGCGCCAGCAGACGGUACUCCGGUGGCAGCAACUGGAUUUGGAGGUUGCCCGACUGCCAGAGUUCCAUCGCGAUGACUUUGCCAUUGUGGCUCAUCCAUUGAUCACUAAUAUUACGGCUCCCAAGUUACCGGACGGCGGCACUGAUUGGCGUCUCUUCUCCCACGACUGUUUCCACUUUAGCCAACGGGGACAUGCGAUCCUGGCGAAUUUGCUCUGGAACAGCAUGUUGCUGCCCGAUGAACUCAAGCCGCAAUCUUCCAAGGUGCCCGAGGUGCUUGAGCAGAUCGUCUGUCCCAGCCAAGAGCAUCCCUUCUUUGUGGUCAGGCCCAGUUGAAGGUCAGCAGGCGGGUUAGGUUACCUUUUUUUUUUGAGAGGUG